UGCCGCUGGGGCUCGCAGUUCAACGUGCCCCCCAGUGCCCUGUUCGUGGCCCGGCCCGUGGGGGUCUGCUCCAUGAUGAAACUGCCCGUUCAAGCAUCAGCGGAGGGACUGGACGCAGCUUUCGUCGGUGUCCCUCUAGACACGGGCACGUCCAACCGUCCGGGAGCCAGGUUCGGUCCGCGCCAGAUCCGGGCCGAGUCGGCGAUGGUGAGGAGGUACAAUGGCAGCACCGGGGCAGCGCCUUUCGACUCCCUGCAGGUGGCUGACAUCGGGGACGUGGAUGUGAACCUCUAUAACCUGCCCGACAGCUGCCGCCUCAUCCGAGAGUCCUACCAGAAGAUAGUGGCCUCCGGCUGCGUGCCCCUCACCUUGGGUGGAGAUCACACCAUAACAUACCCCAUCCUGCAGGCCGUGGCAGAAAAGCACGGUCCCGUGGGACUGGUGCAUGUGGAUGCUCACACCGACACCGGAGACAGAGCCCUGGGGGAGAAGAUCUACCACGGGACCCCGUUCCGGCGCUGCGUGGAAGAAGGGCUGCUGGACUGCAGCCGUGUGGUCCAGAUCGGUAUCCGAGGCUCCUCCUAUGACCCCGAUCCUUACGAGUACUGCCGGGACCAGGGUUUCCGGGUGGUCCCGGCUGAAGAGUGCUGGAGGAGGUCCCUGCUGCCGCUGAUGGGGGAGGUGAGGAAGCAGAUGGGGGACCAGCCAGUGUACAUCAGUUUCGAUAUCGAUGCACUAGACCCCGCGUACGCUCCGGGCACCGGGACGCCGGAGAUAGCCGGGCUCACGCCUGCGCAGGCUUUGGAGAUCAUUCGUGGCUGCAAAGGGCUGAACAUAGUGGGGUGUGACCUUGUAGAAGUUGCGCCGAUGUACGAUGUCUCCGGUAACACAGCCCUCCUGGGGGCAAACCUGCUGUUCGAGAUGCUGUGCGUUCUCCCCAGGGUGACGACAAUGUGA